AUGACCAGCUCCCCCUCCCCCCCCGCAUAUCUCUUCGUCGUGAGACACGGAAACAGGCUCGACGCCGCAGACAAGAAAUGGCACCUCUCGUCCCCGACGCCCUACGAUCCCCCCCUCACAUACGGCGGUCUCUUGCAAGCGAGGCAGGUUGGCAACCAGAUCGGUGCCAUUCUCGAGCAGGCCAAAUUCGACGACCAAGAGUCACGCACCGGCGCCUCGUCGAGGAAGCGCAAGCGCUUCAAGGUUGUCAUCCACAGCUCUCCCUUUCUGCGCUGCGUGCAGACGUCGAUUGGCAUUGGCUCCGGUCUGGCCCAGACGUCGCCCGACUCCAUCUACAGCCCUGGCGAUGUCAUCGUCCCGAGAGCCGCCCCCUGCGUCCACCCGCUCCUGUUCAAGUCAGCCUUGCUUCGUCUCGACUCCUUCCUGGGCGAAUGGCUGUCGCCCGAAUACUUCGAGAUGAUCACUCCGCCGCCGGGCCCCGCGCUCAUGAUGGGCGGCGCAAAGGCCGAUCUUCUUCGACGCGAGGACUACAGCGCCUACACCGACCCCAUGCCUGAUGAAAAGCCAGUCUCAAAUGGCCGCUUGUGGCACGCUUCGUCUGCCUCGAGCCCUGCCAACGGCGCGCAAUCGCCCGCUUCCGAGUCUAACCGCGCCAUUGACCUGUCCGCACUGGCCUCGGCUCUCCCCGUGCAGCGCCAGGAACCACGGAACUACGUCGCUCCCAGGCCGCUCUACGCCAUCUCGACCAGCGGCAGGAUCCCUGAGGGCUUUGUGGCACACGCCAGAGAUGCCUGCGUCACGGUCGACUACCAAUGGGACUCGAUGCGGGAGCCGCUCGACUUUGGAGACGGGGGCAAGCUCGGUGAGGAAUGGACGGCGAUGCACAUGCGGUUUCGGGGUGGGCUGAGAAAGCUCGUCAACUGGUACGCGACGACGGAGUCACCCGCCGACUUGGUGACGAAGCCUGCCCAGUCGCUACAGGGCGACGGCCCGGAGGUGGAGGCGGAAGACGACGAGGUGGAGACGGUCAUCAUCAUCGUCUCCCACGGCGCAGGCUGCAAUGCCCUCAUCGGGGCCAUCACCCACCAACCCGUCCUCAUGGAUGUCGGCCUCGCAUCCAUCACCAUGGCCACGCGAAAGCCCAACCUCGACUACGCCCAAAUGCUCGCCGCGGUACCUCUGCCCGCGGACCAAUCGGCAAAGCCUGUCGUUCAGGUCGACAGGAUGUACGACAUGCGGCUCUCCGCCAGCACCGAGCACCUCCAUUCCUUCAGCUCCACGCCCGUGUCCUCGAGGUCGACGUCGAGGUCCAACACCCGGAACCCCAACGGCCAUGGGAAUCGAGGUAGGACGUCGACGCUGGGCAGCUCGGGGGGGCCAGUCAUGAACCCCUUCACGUACCAUGACCUCUUCUCUUCUCCAGUCAGCCGCAGCACUUCGGCGAGCGCCACCGUCGGCGACCCGUUCCGACGCGAAUCUGCCUCCCACCGGCCUGCGCUGCGCGGGUUGGCUCUUGCCACGGCCGGUCUCGCCGGUGUCGUUGGCACGCCGUCGAGCGGAACACACUCGCCGAAUGCGGCGCCGUCGUUUGGCUUGUGGUCGCCGGCUCCCUCGUCUCUGCGGCUCAUGGACGACGGCGCCGAAGACACCGACGACUUUGGCUCACUCCUGCCCGACUUUGACCAGAAGCGCUUCGCUGCCGCGGUUGCAGACAAAGAAGACAAGGAGCCAUCGCCCACGACUAUGCCGUCGACAGCCCCAGCCGUGGGCGGAGCCCCGAUGACGGGCGAAGCCAGCACACCGUCUCUAAAGCAUCCUCCCAAGGGCCCCACGUUUGCCGCGCCCAUCAAGAUCAACACCAACGUGGUGGCCGAUCGCCCGUCGGCAGAGGAGGUCAAGAUGUCUCAGCUCGGCGGCGGCCUAGGGGGUCUCUGGGGCCUGCCGCCUCCGCUUGACGAGGCAGAGCUGUUCCGCGACCUCAGCCACACCAAGCGACGGUGGACGGUCAACGAGCGCGUGUAG